CAUGGUCAACCAUCUUGUGCGAUCCUUGCUUCAAGGGAACUGUUUGUUCCUGCACAAGUUUUUGCAAAACUACCAAGAUUUGGGACCAUGCAGCAGGAGCUGGAUCUGCUGUUGAAAAGUGCCACUCUACCAUCUUGGGUACAUGGCUGGAAAAGUAUCCAGACCAGUUCCAGCAGCCUCCGGAGUUCACGUGCCUCAAGCAGCUGGUGGAGUACGUGCAGCUGCACAUGCCUGGCUCAGACCUGGAGCACUGUGCGCACCUUCUACUGGCCCAGCUGAAAGACACACAGACUAUGAAGGCCAAGCCUGGGGGUGAGGAGGCCUGGGAUGUGUCCAUCAAAGCACAUGAGGAAGCCCAGGCAGCAGCACCAGUGCCAGGUCCAACUGGAGAGCGAGAGGCAGCUCCAGCAGCAGCCUCUAAGCCAGCGGUAGAUCCACCACCCAUUCUGGGGCAAGAGUUGGCUGCAGUGCCAGCUCCAUGGCCAGGUGCACCUAGAAAGCUACCUUGGGUUAUUCCAAAGAAGAAGCAGACUGGAACUGAGACUCUGGAGCUGGAGCCAGCCACAGCAGGCCCACUUCUACCAGUGGUGCCAUCCUGGCCUUCACCUAUGACCAUGAAAACCAGGGAUUCCACCUGGUUGCAGCAGGGCAAAAAGGCCAAGGAGCAGCUGCCGGCCUCCAUCUGCACCACUGUCAUUCAUCUCCCAAGUGUGUCAUCAGCACCGUCCUCAGGCACUACAUCAUGAAAGCCUCAGGCCAUGCCCAGGUGGUGGAGCACAGGGUCUCCAGGGACCCUCAGGAGUGCCAAAUUCUGAGGAACCGUGCCUCUCUCUCUGGGCUGUGAAUCAGCGUUAUCCAGUGCCUGAUGGAAACCUGGCAAGACUUCUCCAGGUGGCUGCACCUCUCCAUUGGAGCUCCAGGUGAACCAGCACCAUAAACUGGACAAAAUAUGUGCAGAACUUGUCUGUGAAGGUAGAAAUGUCUAGAAUGUAUUUUAUAAAGUUCCCCCAAACUCAAAAUAAAAAAAUCUUAUUUGAAAAGAGCCGAAAGAAAUGAAAGGCAGUUUACGAAAUAGGCAAAUAAAAAUAUGUUGGGCCUGAGUGUAGUGGAGGAGGCCUGUCAAUCAGAUAACUCUGGAGAGAGACUGAGGCAGGAGAAUCACAAGUCCCAGUGCAGUCUGGCAACUUAGUGACCCUGUGAAACCCUUAGCAAAAAGAGAUGAUAUUCACCAUAAUUAGCCAUUAAAGAAAUACAAUUUAAAACCAUGAUGUUAUAUCACCAAAACCUGCUCGAAUUGCUAACAUGAAAAAUCCCAGUUACCUAAUGCAAGAGUGGAU